GAGAGAAGGAGAGAGGGGAGGGGGCAGGCGCGUCACACGCUCGUGGGGGGAAAUCAAGAGGGCGAAAACGGCUCGUGGACACAAUGGAUUUGCGAACCAAUGGACUUUACGUUGAUUAAAGGACGGAGUCUUCGAUGAACACGAUAAACAAGGAGGAAAAGCAGAGGGCUAUGCUGUUUCUGCUUGUCUUUACUGCUGUUUGAUUAACCAUGAUGAAGACUGAACCCCCAUCUGCAGCCAGCGGCAGCACUAGCACCACCCUUGUAGCAAGAAGUGCAUCGCCGCACAGGAAUGCCUAUGAGGCUGGAAUUCAAUCCCUCAAGCCAGUAAAAGAUUCCAGUGCUGCUAACGGGGAGGAUGGGAAACCUCGACCACAGGGCCGGGGCCGCAGGUACGGCUCCAAUGUGCACCGCAUCAAGAACAUGUUCAUGCAGAUGGGUUCUCCCGGGGAUGAAGAGGAUCCGUCGAAGGCCAAAGCCCAAGACCAGACGAUCCGACUGUCCCUUCCCAGAGCAAGCAGUCUGAAUGAGAAUGUGGAUCACAGUGCACUCCUCAAACUCGGCGGGACUGUGUCAGAGCGGGUUAGCCGCUUCGACGGAAAGACUGAUGGUAGCGGCUCCCGUGGAUCAUCCACAGGCUACUCCAAGCUUCAGGAGACACGAAAGAUAUUUGAACAACGUCACAUGCAGGAGAAGCAGGCAGCAACUAAUCGAAUACUGCUAAAGAAAGAGCGAGCGUCAGGGUUCCAAGAUGGCCGUCUGGACGUGGUGGUUCGCUUCAACGGCAGCACCGAGUCAUUAGACAGGUUGGAUGCAGGGGACUGUCCCACAGAUGCAGUGUCCCCUACGGUCAGCCAGCUGAGCGCAGUAUUUGAAAGAGCAGACCAGCGUAACAACCUUUACCGACCAUCCUCAACCUCCCCACAGCCUUCUCAAGGGGCAGGCUCUACCCCGGCCAAGGUCGGAGAAAUCAACUCCAUAGUCACCACCAGAAAGGCACGAGCCUUCUCUGCAACAGAAAAUCAAGAGGAGGGAGCUCAGUGCAAAGACCAAGAAGGUGCACCUGGGAGUCCGAAGAGCAGAACAAGCAUCCAACCUGAUGGACCCAAUAGCGAACCCUCCAAGGAUGUGGCUCCUGGCAGCGCUGACUCAGCUUUCGAUACGUCCAGGUCAGAGGAGAUCCAGAAUGCAUCAAGCAAUGACUCCAAACCAGGGGAGCAUGCCGCACCAAGUGCACCGGAUGCAGGGAGCAGACUGGUACAGGCGGAUGUCCACGCCUCUCUGGAAAAUGGGGAGGCCACCAGCAGCCAUGAGCCCUCAGAACAAAGGGAGGAAAUUGGACAGGCCUGUGCUGAGGAGGAAUCCCACAGAGAGGAUAUCUCAGAAGCAGAUCUGGUGGACAUCAGCGCGUACAGCGGGAUUGGAGAGGACUCUGGUGGUAGUCAGCUGGACGAAGAUGAGGAGGCUGAGAAUGAUGAUGCUUACGAACCAGAAUCCAGCUGUUCAGAAGUCCCUGGCUUGCCUGUAGAAGAUGAACCACCUCCCAGCAGGAAGAUUCGUUUCAGUACAAACCCCAUCAAGGUUUUCACCACAUACUCGAAUGAGGACUACGACAGACGCAAUGAUGAGGUUGACCCCAUGGCUGCUUCGGCCGAAUAUGAGCUGGAGAAGAGGGUGGAGAGAUUGGACCUAUUCCCCGUCGAGCUGGAAAAAGAUAAAGACGGAUUGGGAAUCAGCAUUAUUGGGAUGGGUGCCGGCGCAGACAUGGGCCUAGAAAAACUUGGAAUCUUCGUCAAGACGGUGACUGAAGGAGGAGCCGCCCACCGAGACGGAAGGAUCCAGGUGAAUGACUUGAUUGUGGAGGUGGACGGAACCAGUCUGGUGGGCGUGACACAGAAUUUCGCUGCAUCUGUCCUCAGGAACACCAGCGGCACUGUCAAGUUUGUGAUUGGCAGAGAGAAGCCGGGGGAACAGAGUGAGGUGGCCCAGCUGAUCCAGCAGACACUGGAACAAGAGAGAUGGCAGAGAGAAAUGAUGGAGCAACGCUACAACCCCUACAUGGAAGAGGACGAAGAGACAGGUGAAUAUGCCACAGAUGAAGAAGAAGAGAUGAGCCCCAUGUUUCCUAAUGCCAUCGAGGUGUUUGACCUGGCAGAGAAUGAAGACAUGCUUUCUCCUGUGGAGAUGGACCCAGAGAAACUUGCUCACAAGUUUAAGGAGCUCCAGAUUAAACAUGCUGUGACCCAGGCUGAGAUCCAGCAGCUCAAGAGGAAGCUGGCUCACGCUGAGCAGGAUAAGCUGCGCUGGCGGAUGGAGAGGGCUCAGUUGGAGCAGACGGUGAGAGAGAAUAAGGAGCGGAUGGAGAAGUUGGAGGGCUAUUGGAUGGAGGCUCAGAGCUUGUGCCAAGCAGUGGACGAACACCUGAAAGAGACGCAGGCGCAGUACCAGGCGCUGGAGCGCAAGUACAGCAAAGCCAAACGCCUCAUCAAAGAGUACCAGCAGAAAGAGAUUGAGUAUUUGAAGAAGGAGACUGCGCAGCGCAGAGCACAAGAGGAGUCAGAGGCCAGCCACAAGGUGGAGACAGAAAAUCUCCAGGAGAAGAUUACCGAUUUGGAGUCAAAGGUUGGCGCUCUGAAGAGCUUGGAGCCUUCGUAAGCCCUCCACUGUGGAAAUGACGGAGAGAACAACAUAAACGCCUUCAACUCCGCCCACUCUACCCUCCGACCACAUUUUUCCUCCAUGACCUGAAGAACCUGAAGAACUACAGGAAACAUGCUGAGGGGAUGUUACCGGGGACAAAGAGGGGACAAAACAAACACUGUACCAGACGCCUGAGGGACGUCUAGCCAUCAGGAGGCCCUUUUUAUAGUCAUUUAUUCAUAUUCUCCUUGUUUCUUUUUAAGCGCCCUUAAAGGUAUUAUGAGCCUCUCUGCUCUCGGCAGGAAUGUAGAACCUCUUCGUUAAUAAAUGUUCACUCACAUGCUUGCAGGAGAAGAACGAAACAGUUGCCGGACAAAGACGGCACAGAUGCCCACACGCACCCUCAAUAAGUGUAGGAUCGGAGCGAGGGGCGGCCUGUAUAGCAGUGACUGACAAGAGGACUAUUUGUAUAUAUUCUGGCAUAUAUUUAAAUAUUAAAAUCGCUUAAGCAAUGUACUGGGGGGAGGAGAUGGGGUAAGGGCUUUUUCACAUCUAGGCAAAUAAUACAGUCAAAGUCCAUUUUUGCAUGGCAAAAGAGAUGGUAUCAAGUUUUUUCUUUUCUUUUUAGGGCAAAAUUGGAAAACAGGGUGUGAAAAGUGUAAUCUUGACGUUUAGAGUUAGCAUUCAGGAGCUUCUCAUGUUUGCUUUCGGUGUAAAAGAUAUGGUUAUGGAAGUGUAGAAUGAAUAGGGGCUUAUGGGUAAUGGUUUCUUCACAGUAGAAACAUCACCCUGUGCUUAAACUCCAGUGCUUGUGGUUAGUUAGAGCAGUGUUUAUGUGCACUGCACAGUGUGCCUCGGUCAACCCUGCAAUGUCUCCUGACUCUGUAACGACAGUGUAAGAAUUCUGAAUCAAUCAGAAAUAUGGCCUUGUUGAACUGCUAUACAAAACCUUUCACCAGCCCUCUCUGUUUUAAGCAGACUCUUAGUGUGUUUACUCCAAUGUAUUGGUCUCCAGGGACCACGAUAAGUGCACUUGGACUGCACUACAGAGAGUCCUGGAGAAUCCUAAAGUUUUAUGUCUCUGUUGGCUUUCAUUCUCCUCUGUCCUGCUGGACGUGAAUUGAUUCAGUAUUAUCAUUCCAUAUACAUUGAUGUGGAAUAUCCCUUUAGUUGUUUUGUGGUGUUAUAAGCCACUUUUGUCCUUUUUUUUUUUGUCUUAAAUGUGUGUUCUUUUUAAUUGUACUCCUGGGAAAACUGGAAUUUUGACAGCAAUUGUAGGAAUUUGAGGCUUUAAUGGUCUAAGUUAAGUGUGUUAGAGAUAUUGAGCCUCAUUCAUAAGACACGAGUGUAAUUUAUGUGUAAAAUCUUUGUAAACCCAUUCUUAUGUAAAUUCUUGCAUCCAAUUCAGUGCUUCAAUUCUUGUAAGUGCUAGUUCACACAGAACGCGUUUUGCAUUCUACAGUGCUGCUUUUUCAUUAUUUGUCUGUGUAAGAAAAUAACGUUUUGGACCGUCUCACUUUUCCACCACUGCUACGCACAUGAGUGACGAUUUUUAAAGGGUUAGUUCACCCAAAAAUGAAAUUUCUGUCAUUAAUUACUCACCCUCAUGUCAUCCCAAACCCAUAAGACCUUUGUUUGUCUUCGGAACACAAAAUAAGAUAUUUUUGAUGAAAUUCGAGGGUAUCUGAUCCACACAUAGGCAGCAACGACAUUGCACCUUUUGAGGUCCAGAAAGGUACUAAAGACAUCGUUAAAACCGGCGACGAGAACAAAACAAAAAUAAUGACUUUAUUCAACAAAUUCGUCUGUCCCCUGACAUACUGCUACGCUAUUUUCAUUGCAGAGCUUCAGUGUUUAUGUCUGAACGGGGGCUCAGUAUUGGCCUGUAGUACCUUGUGUACCUAUGUGUGGAUAAGAUACCCUCGGAUUUCAUCAAAAAUAUCUUAAUUUGUGUUCCAAAGACAAACGAAGGUCUUGUGGGUUUGGGGACGACAGAAUUUCAUUUUUGGGUGAGCUAACCCUUUUAAGAAGAUGUCAAGCGUCUCGAGACCCUGCGUUCUUUUCUUUAUUGGGCUGCGUCCGAAAGGUUGUCUCGCUGCCCUAUCAGGCAUUGACUUUGCGGGCAGCGUUUGCACAUGAAGGUACCUCACAAUAUAUACUGCCCGGCCAAAAAAAAAGUCGCUGUUUGGAUUUUAAUAGGCAAAUACUUAAGAGUCUAUGGAUGGAUCAUUAUUACAGUGAUUAUUAUGUUUCUAGCAUGUUAUAUGUUUGACAACGGUUCUUUUAACCCUAAAAGAUGGAGUGUGUAAUUUUUCAUUUCUUAAACAACCAUGUAUUAAGAUGUAUCAUGGCCAUAUUCCAGGAUGACAAUGUCAAGAUUCAUCAGGCUCAAAUUGUGAAAGAAUUGUUGGGAGGGAGCAUGAAGAAUCAUUUUCACACAUGAAUUGGCACUGACCUUAACCUCAGUGUAAGUUUUUGGGACAAUGCAAGAGGCGAGCACUCUGUAAAGUCUACUCCAGCACAUCCCAAAGACUUACAAUGAAAUUAAGGUUUGGACUCAGAGGUGCCAAUUCAUGUGUGAAAAUGAUUCUGAACCAUUCUUUCACACUUUUAACCCUGGUGAAUCUUGACAUUGUUAUCCUGGAAUAUGGCCAUAAUGUGUCUUCUUACAUGUUUGUUUAAGAAAUGAAAAGCUACACACUCCAUCUUUUAGGGUUAAAAGAACCAUUGUCAAACAUAUAACAUGCUAGAAACAUAAUAAUCGCUGUAAUAAUGAUCCAUUCAUAGACUCUUAAGUAUUUGCCUAUUAAAAUCCAAACAGCAACUUUUUCUUUUUUUUUGGCCGGGCAGUGUAGGACAGACUACAACAAAAUAGAGCUUUGGUGAUAACAGAAAAUUACAAUACUAAUUUUCUUGAAUGGAACACACAGGAUUUUGAUAUAUCAUAGGCAGUGAAGGAUACAUCUAUGCUGCCUUCAAAAAUCGAUCAGCUGAAGGGAUCAGUCAGGAUGUGACGAUCAGUGGAUUAGGACGUGCCUUGUUGACUUCUUACCUCCGUGUAUUUUUCGGCUUUCGGACGCAGCGCCUUACCGAAGAACGUCUUCUGUGUGAACACAGCCCUUAAAAAUCAAUCAAUUACCGGAGUGCUGUGAAGCGCAGAUUAUAGUUUGGUCGGAUAGCUGUGGCCUGUUCUCUUCACUGUUGGGCCUCUCACAUCAACCAUAUAAAAUGAAAGAGAAUCGAGUUUGUUUUUCAAAUGUCGGAAAACUCAGCGCAGUAUUGAAACCCCUCAGGAGUAGCUAUUGGAUUCUUCCAUUCCCCCCGCCCCCCGAAAGUAUUUACGUGUUUAGCUUUUUAUGUGAUUGUUUAUUUUCAUAUAGUUUUAAUACAUUUUUUAAAUAUUACAAGUCAUUUUACAUUGGUUAAAAAUGAUGAGCAUCAGGAUAACACUGAGAAUACAAAGGACAAAGUUUUGCAAAACGAUGCAACGAACAUAGCCUAUUCUAGAAAUCUUAAAGUCAUUGAUAUUCCGCAGCUAAGUCUAAAAUAUUUUGUACGUCAAUCAUCCUAAAACGAAAUAAGAUGAGUUUAUGUCUGACUUUCGUUGUCAAUAGUCACCUAAAACAAUUUUUAAAGCAAGCGAGGACAAGCACUGACUGGAAACGAUAUUUCUCGCUUGAUUAAUUAUGGGACUUUUAUCUGAGUUUCACUGCUCUUAAUUCGUUGACUGUUUAACCCUGACUAGAAACUUCAGUGUUAUCUCGCAACCAAGUGCAGAACAUAUUUGAGGAAUUGAAUUGAAAGGAUUACACAAUGAUUGAUAAAUGUAUAUAGAUCUCAAAAAUAGACCCAUUUUGAGGGCUUUUUUCUUUUAUUUGCACAAUGUCAAGGAAACCGUGAUUUCCCAUCCGUAAGGAAGCCCGCUGGGUUGACAAGGACCUAGGAUAUUCUAACAAAACGGUCAUAUUUGCUGUGUACAGUUCUGUUUACUGUGAGCCUCUUUUGCUGGGAUUUAUUAUUGUAAUGUGCUGGCUAGUACACGAUGAGCUUAUGUGUAUGGAUGUCCAGACGGUGGCACAAUUCAGUUGAGACAUGGAAACAUUUAUUUUCCCCUUGCUUUACACUGUAGAAAUGAGCAAACUGAGUUAUGAAGGAAAUGGUCGACUUUGAAUCUUAUUAACGCUUUUAAAUUUCACACUUUAGCCUAGCUUAGCUUAGCUUAGCUGCUGCCUUUAAUGAAAGGAAUUUGCUUCCAUGUACAGGAAAGAGCUCUGUGUUUCUCUCCUCAAUUGCUGGUGUAAUAGUUGGUUCCUCUUUAUUUUCGGUGUCUACAGUGUAUUUAAAUCGAAAUCUAAUGAGUACAGAAUAACAUGUUUAAAGAUGUGGUGUCGUUAAACAUGCAUCAACUUGGAACUAUAUUGGAGGGGGGAAAAAUGCAACAACAUGUAAUUUGAUUGUAAUUUUCAUAAUUAUGACAUUAGCACAUUUGUCUGACACCUAACAUAAAGCAGGAACGCCAUUGAUUUUUAUAGUUGUUUUACGAACUCGACUCCAUUUUCUCUGUACUGUUUUAUUUCCUUUUUACCCCUGCCAUGUAAAUUGCUACCACAUGAACAAGAGGAAGAUGUUCUCCAUUUGAAAUAAGCGUCAUCAUGUUCAAUAAUUGCAUAAGUACUGUCAUAAUAAAAUGCAGAAAUGUGCUGAGCAACAGCAAA